UUGCUUGUGACGUGUUGUUGUAAAAAAACAACGUAAAAAGAAAAAUUAAAAAAAAUGUAAUUGGAAAAAUAACCAACAAUUGACAUUCCAUAACGCACUUAAGCCAAAAAUAAAAUGAUUAAUAAUUCAUUAGAAUGUUCGUGAAAAUUUACAAUUUUUAAUUCAAUUAAAAAGUUAAUUAAGGAAAUAUCAAAAUUUAAAGUUUAACCCCUAAAUUUAAAGUGUGUAAAAAUGAAAUUUAAAGAAAAUAUGUCGAGAAAUAAACAAUCAUUAUGCUGGUUACUAUUGCUAUUGCUGAUAAGCACCUUAAGUAUUUUCACGGUUACCAUAAGGGCAGAAGAUGCUCAGGCAGAAACUGCUAAUGCAGUAACAAAUAAUGAAAAUUCCUCUAAUGGUGCAGUGGAAUUUAUCAAGUCCGAACAGAAUGUAUCAGAAAACAAAGAAUCAAAUGGAAAAUCUACUAAUACGGGACCAGACGUAACGGGAACAAUAAAUGUUACUAAUAUGAAUGUAACCAACACUAAUAUAAACAAUGUAAAUAAUUCAAGUAUGACCUCGAGUGCAAAUGUAACAAGUGGAACAAAUACCACUACAACUUCCACACAACCAGCACCAAUCACUAACUCAACGGUACAAGCAGAAAAUGAUACCAAAGUUGUAACCGAGCCACCAUUACCAGAUCAUCAUGCCGUCGAACAGGAACACAACUCUUCAUUAUCAUUAUUUUUUGUUAUUUGCGUGAUAAUGUUGGGUAUUUUAUUGAUACAUUCUAUGUUACAGACAGGUUUCCAAUAUUUACCCGAAAGUAUUGUGGUUGUAUUUUUGGGCGCUUUAAUUGGUCUAUUAUUGAAGAUUAUGUCUGGCGAAAAUGCCAGCUGGAAGAGAGAGGAAGUAUUUUCUCCCACAGGCUUCUUUUUGGUUUUACUUCCACCCAUUAUCUUUGAAUCUGGUUAUAAUUUACAUAAGGGUAACUUUUUCCAAAAUAUUGGCUCCAUAUUGGUAUUUGCCAUUGUGGGCACAACGAUUUCGGCUUUAGUCAUUGGAGCGGGUAUAUAUUUGUUGGGUUUAGCUGAGGUGGCAUAUCGCCUCAACUUUUCGGAAUCUUUUGCUUUUGGCUCUCUAAUUUCCGCUGUCGAUCCAGUUGCAACAGUAGCGAUUUUUCAUGCUCUCGAUGUUGAUCCCAUACUUAAUAUGUUGGUAUUUGGUGAGAGUAUAUUAAACGAUGCCAUAUCUAUUGUUUUAACCACCACCAUUACCCAAUCGGCCAAUAGUCCAGCCUAUGCAAAAAUGUCUACAGGUGAGGCUAUUUUCUCAGCGUUGAAAACAUUUUGUGAAAUGUUUUUUGCUUCGGCCGGUAUAGGUGUAGUAUUUGCUUUGAUCUCGGCUUUAUUGUUGAAACAUAUAGAUUUAAGAAAACAUCCAUCAUUGGAAUUUGCCAUAAUGUUAAUGUUUACCUAUGCUCCGUAUGUAUUAGCUGAGGGUAUACAUUUGAGCGGUAUAAUGGCUAUUCUAUUUUGUGGCAUUGUUAUGUCACACUAUACACAUUUUAAUUUGUCCACAAUAACACAAAUAACCAUGCAACAAACAAUGCGUACUUUAGCUUUUAUAGCAGAAACUUGCGUCUUUGCCUAUUUGGGUUUGGCCAUAUUCUCUUUUAAACAUCAAGUGGAAUUAUCUUUUGUAAUAUGGUCCAUUGUAUUGUGUCUUAUUGGCAGAGCUUGUAAUAUCUUUCCUUUGGCCUAUUUGGUGAAUAAAUUUCGUGAACAUAAAAUUACCAAUAAAAUGCAAUUUAUUAUGUGGUUUUCUGGUCUACGCGGUGCCAUUUCAUAUGCCUUGUCUUUGCAUUUAGAUUUAUCUAGUGAUGAAACUAGACAUGUUAUUAUAACCACAACUUUGAUUAUUGUAUUAUUUACUACACUAUUCUUUGGUGGUUCUACUAUGCCUUUAUUGAAAUAUCUAAAACCAGGUAAAAAACGUAGAUCACGUAAUUCACGCAAUGGCAGUUCUUCUUCAACCACUGCCAAUAGGCAAAGAAGUAAUUCACGUAAACGUUCCAAAUCGAUUUCUUUGUCAAAAACCCGAGAAUGGGGUCAAGCUAUAGAUUCUGAACAUUUAUCGGAACUUACCGAAGAGGAAGAUGUUUCUUUUGCCCAGACACGUAUCGCAGGUUUUGGUCGUUUAGAUCGUAAAUAUUUUAUACCAUUUUUUACGCGUCGCUUUAAUAGUCAAGAGUUGCAUGAGUGUAAAUCACAAAUGGCUGAUUUAACUAAUAAAUGGUAUCAGGCUAUACGUGUAAGUCCUUUAGAUUCAGAUGAAUCUGAUGAAGAAAUGGGUUUGUCGGCAAGUACUAGUCAAAGUACCUUAAAUGCACGUACCUAAAUUAGUUAGAAAUUAAUUUUAAAUAAAUUUGUAAUAUAAUAUGAGGAAAAGUAAUUGAUUCCCUUUAAAAUUGUUACUCAAAGUGAAAAGAAAAGUUUAAACAAAGUUUUUUUUUUUGUUUAGAAACCUUUAAUUUUUUGCUUUUGUAAAUGAAAACCGACUGUUUAGUGAAAGUUUGUUUGUUUUUUUUUUCUUUUGGGUAGUUAGCAAAUUGUAUUUUUUCUUAUACUUUUUUUCUAAUAUUUAAUGUAUUUUAGUGCUGUGAAAGUGUCAUUGAUAUCAAUAUUGAAGUGAUUAUUUCAAUAUACAAAUAGUAUUUAUAAUUAAAUAACACAAAUUUACUUAGUUUUUUCUUAAGUUAAUAAAAUUUAAACUGAACAUUAGAUUAGACUAAAUACAUUUUGCUUUAAAGUUAUAUUUAUGGUUUUGGGUUUUUAGUUAUAGGCUCCUACCACAAAAUUAUAUACUUAAAAUUUCACUAUCACGUGUUGUAUUGUACUUCUUUUUCACAAACAUUUUGAACUUAAUUUUUAAUGGGUCAAAGGACUUUCUUUUGCUAAAAAAAUAUAAACAAAAUUUGCAAAUUCAUCUUUAGUUAUAUGUUGCUCUCAGUUGUGACUAAUAUUUAUGAACAAAUUUCAUGAUGGAUGUUUAAAAAAAUUAUUAACAAAUCUUUUAACAACUUAUUUCGAAACGACAAAAUUUAAUUCCUAAAAUAUUUCUAAUAACAUUCAAACCAAACAUAUUAUUACCUAGUAAUUGAAAUGAUAAUAACAUUCGACUUAGUUUUAAAAACAUGUAUUAUGUUGUAUUAACUACAAGUGAGUAUUUAAAUCUUAUAUUCCUGUUUACUUAAAGUUUUCAAAUUGUAUUUUAAGCGAAUAAAUAAAAAGAACGAAAUAAAAGUGAAAUACAAUUUGUAAAUUACUUACUAUUUAAUUAUACAAAUAAAAAAAUAACAAAAAAAAAAAACUAAAACAAAAAUGAAAUGAUUUGAAAUCGUACACAUUACUUAAUUACUUCAGAUUAUAAAGAUGAAAUCCAAGAAGAUUAUAAAACUCUCUUUAGAUCGGCAGAAAGUAAGUUCUCUCACAUUUGUACAUGUGAAAGAGUACAAGAGAUUUCAUUUCAGAGCUCAUUGCAUUAGAUCAACAAUAAGUUUUCCAUUCGGAACUUUUACUAUAGAACACAGUCUUUUUAUAAACUUUCCCAUAGAAAAAUAACUUUUUUCUUAGUAUUUAAAAUAAACACCUACAAUCACAAAUCUAUGGCAUAUUUCUUUAAUAUUUAAACAAAAUAAUUAAGUACCUUUGCCCAGCUCUGCAAAAACACUUCAUUCAUAAACUCGCAUUAUUAUUUUUUUUUUUUUUUGUACACAAAUAUCAGUAUUUAAUUUAAGUUAAUAAACAGUUUUCAUUAUAAAACUUAAAUUUUUAAAACAGCCAUUUAAAAAUUUAAGCUGAAAUAAUG